AUGGAGUCGCUGAUGACGCUUCGCGCUCGCGCCUCGCCGGUUGCCGCCUCGCCGCUGCAGCAGCGCCGGGUGCCGGGGCGGCAGCGCGCGACGCCCGUCCGUGCGUCCGCCGGCGGCGAGCCCGACCUCUCGGUGCGCGUGAACGGGCUGCAGAUGCCCAACCCGUUCGUGAUCGGGUCGGGGCCGCCCGGCACCAACUACACCGUCAUGAAGCGCGCCUUCGACGAGGGCUGGGGCGCCGUCAUCGCCAAGACCGUGUCUUUGGAUGCUGAAAAAGUUAUCAACGUAACUCCUCGUUAUGCAAAGCUUCGGGCGGAACCAAAUGGGGCUGCCAUGGGGCGCAUCAUUGGAUGGCAGAACAUUGAACUCAUCAGCGACAGGCCUCUGGAGACCAUGCUGAAUGAGUUCAAGCAGUUGAAGAAAGAGUAUCCUGACAGGAUACUCAUUGGCUCAAUUAUGGAGGAGUACAACAAAGCUGCAUGGCAUGAGCUUAUUGAACGUGUUGAAGAGUCUGGAGUGGAUGCUCUUGAGAUUAAUUUCUCAUGUCCACAUGGCAUGCCAGAGAGAAAAAUGGGUGCUGCUGUGGGACAAGACUGUGAUUUGCUAGAGGAAGUUUGUGGUUGGAUAAAUGAGAAGGCCACUGUGCCUGUUUGGGCAAAGAUGACUCCUAACAUUACAGAUAUUACACAGCCUGCAAGAAUAGCUCUUAAGUCUGGAUGUGAAGGAGUUUCUGCCAUUAACACAAUUAUGAGUGUAAUGGGGAUUAAUCUCAAAACAUUACGUCCGGAACCUUGCGUGGAAGGGUAUUCUACACCUGGGGGUUAUUCUGCAAGAGCUGUACACCCUAUAGCACUUGCUAAAGUCAUGCAGAUAGCGAGGAUGAUGAAAGAAGAAUUUGCUGAUGGACAGUCUCUCUCUGCAAUUGGUGGAGUUGAGACUGGCAAUGAUGCUGCUGAGUUUAUUCUUCUCGGUGCAGAUACAGUACAGGUAUGCACCGGCGUUAUGAUGCAUGGUUAUCCCCUUGUGAAGAAGCUUUGCGCAGAGUUGCAGGAUUUCAUGAGAGAGCACAACUUUUCAUCGAUUGAAGAGUUUCGAGGUGCCUCGCUCCCGUACUUCACGACACACACAGAUUUGGUUCACCGGCAACAGGAGGCUAUCAAGCAGAGGAAGGCCAUCAAGAAGGGCCUUCAAUCAGACAAGGACUGGACAGGGGAUGGGUUCGUCAAGGAGACCGAAAGCAUGGUAUCCAACUGAUGCAUCUCCGCCCGUGAUUCCCGUCCCUCCCAGCAUACUUCAACUUGUGACUAAACUGCGUUCAUCGUGUUUGAGGAAACACUGUAAAACAUUUGCUUCAUCCUGUUAAAUAAAUUUAGCGUACCAGAAUGCCAUACCCUAGCAUGUAAUCCUCAUCUGUACAUGGAUCAGAACCUUUGGCCCUCAAUCUAUAGAACAAGUCAUGAGAAGUUCACAUGUCA